CAUCAGUAAUUCGGACCCAUCAUCGUGCAGACCUUCAAAAUUUCAACGUUAGUCCUACGUUCUCUUCAAAAUCUGUGUUCUCUGUUUAUAGCUCUGUUUCAUUACCAUCUAUCUUCAAAAACUCCAAUAUUUCUAUUUUGAUUUUGAUUUGUUAUUGUUUUCCAAGGAUUCUUCUCACCUUCUUUGUAUUUGCUUCAACAGAUCUAUCAAAAAACCCAAAAUUCACAUUGUUCAGGCGCCAACGAUGGAUUGCUUUGCUCGAAUUGCAGAAGCCUUAUAUGCAAACGGAUCUUUUUCCACAUUUGAAAGCGUAUUCUGAGUUGAAAAAUUACGCAAGUUAGAGGAAACUUCAGCUGGGAUGUGAGCAAAUUGGAAUUUUGAAUUCAUAAAAGAUCGUGUUUCAGGAAAACAUGAACAGGAAAUCAGCAUUCCCUCUCAUUAUAAUCUCAAUCAUCUUUGCUUUCCUUCUCAUGAUGUCCUCCAACAUGAACUCCAUUUUAUCGAUCCACGGCGUCAAUUCAGUUUUAUCAAAAUUCCAAGCUCGUUUAAUUGAAAAUGAGAUAGACCCCAUCUUCGUAGAAUCGGAGAUUUCAUCGACCCCACCGUCAGAUCGCUCCAUCCCUCGGCUGGCAUAUCUGAUAUCUGGAUCUAAAGGCGAUUUAGAGCAGCUUUGGAGGACUCUGCAUGCAUUAUAUCACCCUUUGAACCAGUAUGUAGUGCAUUUGGACUUGGAAUCGUCGGCUGUUGAAAGAUUGGAACUUGCAACCCGUGUGGAGAGGGAACCGAUCUUCUCGAAGGUUGGAAAUGUACACAUGAAUACUAGAGCUAAUAUGGUCACUUACAGAGGACCGACGAUGAUCGCAAAUACCCUCCAAUCCAGUGGUCUUCUUCUCAACAAAAGCAAGGAAUGGGACUGGUUUAUAAAUCUCAGCGCUUCUGAUUAUCCAUUGGUGACGCAAGAAGACAUUCUCUACGCAUUUUCCUACCUGCCGAGAAAUCUGAAUUUCAUAGAGCACACUAGUCGCCUCGGGUGGAAGGAGAAUGAAAGGGCAAAGCCAUUGAUAGUAGAUCCUGGACUUUACAUGUCGAAAAAGACUGACAUUUUCUGGGUUACACAACGGAGAGAAGUACCGACUGCAUUUAAGUUAUUUACAGGUUCUGCUUGGAUGGUUCAAUCACGUGCCUUUGUGGAAUACUGCGUGUGGGGUUGGGACAACCUUCCAAGAACCAUACUCAUGUACUACACCAACUUCCUUUCCUCUCCUGAGAGCUACUUCCAAACGGUCAUCUGCAAUGCGCCUGAGUUCGCACAGACAGCCAUCAAUCACGACCUGCACUACAUCUCAUGGGAUGUGCCACCGAGGCAGCACCCCCACACCCUCGGCGUCAAAGACAUGGCCAAGAUGAUAAGAAGCAAAGCCCCUUUUGCACGUAAGUUCAACCAAAGCGACCCAGUGUUGGACAUGAUCGAUGCCACACUCCUUGGCCGGAGAAAUGGGAGCUUCACCCCAGGUGGUUGGUGCACUGGUGACCCCCCAUGCUCAGGAACCAGAGAGUCGUAUCGCCUGCUGCCAGGUCCUGGAGCUCUUAGGCUGGCGAGCCUGAUGGAUAGGAUGGUCCGAUCAGGUUUGUAUAUCCAGCACCAGUGCAAAUAAAACGACACACUUCACAUA